AUGACCAAGCUGAUCACCCGUAACACCGUCAUCCCAACGAAGAAGUCACAAAUCUUCUCAACUGCCGCCGAUAACCAGCCGACUGUCACCAUUCAGGUCUUCGAAGGAGAACGUCCAAUGACCAAGGACAAUCACGAACUUGGUAAAUUCGAUCUCACCAAUAUUCCACCAGCGCCACGUGGAGUGCCCCAGAUUGAGGUGAAAGAUUUUCCAUCGAGCACAUCUCUAAUUUCGAAAUCUCAUUUUUUGAAAGUCACUUUCGAAAUCGAUGUAAACGGUAUCCUUCACGUAACUGCUGAGGAUAAGGGCACUGGAAACAAGAAUCAGAUCACUAUCACCAACGACCAGAACAGGCUCAGUCCCGAAGAUAUUGAACGAAUGAUCAACGAUGCUGAGAAGUUCGCUGAGGACGACAAGAAGGUCAAAGAGCAAGUAGAAGCUAGAAACGAACUGGAGUCCUACGCUUACUCGCUGAAGAACCAAAUUGGAGAUAAGGAAAAGCUUGGUGGCAAGUUGGAUGAUAGUGACAAGAAGACACUGGAGGAGGCUGUAGAUGAGACCAUCAAGUGGCUCGAGAGCAACCGUGAAGCCACUGUUGACGAGCUCAAAGAGCAGAAGAAGGAACUCGAAAGUAAAGUUUCGCCAAUUACCAGCAAAUUGUACAAAGACGCUGGAGCUGGCGGAGCUGGAGGUGCCGGAGGAGAUGAAGCAAAGGACGAGCUCCAGCAAAUCGCUGUACAAUCCACCGCUACCAACUUUCGUCUAGUUCCACGGGUGUUAAUGUGUCUGCGUUGCGUUUCGUUACGCGUAUUUCGCUACGCAAACACGAAUGACUGA